AUCCUCAGUGCGAGUACCGUUUGAAUAGCACCAGCAAUCUCAUUAGUUCAUGGAACCAGUGGACUACAUCCAUCAAUGCAGGAAAGAUACUUAUGGGGUUGCCAGCUUCGCCAGCGGCUGCUUCAAGCGGGUAUAUGCCGCCGCAUGUGCUGAUUUCACGAGUGCUUCCGGUAAUAAAGAAUUCUGCCAAGUAUGGAGGAGUUAUGCUUUGGAACAGGUACUAUGAUGAGCAGACCAGUUACAGUGCCUCUAUUGCGCCAAGUUUAUGAGGGCGAGGAUUGGACCAUCCUCAGAAAGUGCUUCAUUUUAAUACUAAUUAAAUAAAUUUAUGUGAUCCUUGAGGUCUCAUUAUAUGGCCGACUCCCUAUCUGCUUUACAAUAACAUGUUUUUCAAUGGGAUAUGAUAUAAUAAAAAUGUUAUAAUUAU